GUUUUGGUUGCCAUGUUGUUGAUAUGCAGCGCUAGGAUAUAGAUAACAAUGGCACUUUGGGCUAAAGCACAACAGCUCCCUCCAGGGAGUCUGCAACAGAUAUAUGGUGAUAUAUUUCCUAUUGAAGUUAGGCACUACCUAGCUCAGUAUAUUGAAGAAAAAUUCUGGUGUGAUAUUGAUCCACAACCAGAUAAUCCCCAACAUGAACAAUACAUUUCAAGUUUGAUCAACUCUCUGAUCAAAGAGAUAGAAAACAAAGCGUCAGUUGUAACCGAUUCAGAAUAUUUCCUUACAAAACUAAAGCUUGCUGAAGCUGCAAAAUUAUUCAGAGAAAGAUACAGCUCGUGUCCCAUCCAACUUUUCACCCACAUUCGAAACUGUCUAGCAGCUGAGAUGAGACUGGUUCAAGCUGCGGGCGUCGACAACCUUACCGGUUUACCGAAUCUGAUGAUAUCGAACAGCGGUGCUGAAGUCUUACAGAAAGUCAACGUACUAAGAAGUAGGACGCAGAGCACAGCCGAAGAUUUAAGGAAAAUGGAACAAGAAUUGGAAUCUUUUGCUUUACAAUAUCACGAAUGUCAAAAAAUUACAGCACAUUUGCAACAGAUGACUACGCAACCGAACGCUCAGAUACCAACCAAUAAUGCUUCAAAGCUCCAAAAACAAAAAGAAUUACUAGAAGCAAAUCUCAACCAAAAGUUAGCAGCUUUAUUGCAGUUGAGGUUAGCGUUAGGUGACAAAUUAAAAGAAACUUUUCAAUUACUGGCCCAGCUACAAACGCAUGUUUUGGACGAGGAACUUAUUAAAUGGAAACGAGAUCAGCAAUUGGCUGGAAAUGGAGCGCAUUUCAAUAGUACUUUAGACUCUAUACAAGAAUGGUGUGAAAGUUUGGCUGAAUUAAUCUGGCUCAAUCGACAACAGACUAAAGAGGUUGAAAGGUUGAAGCAGAGAAUACAAAUGGUAGAUCCGCCUGUAGUAGCUGAUGUGCUACCACAUCUAGUCCAGGAGUUUACACAAUUGCUGUCAACGCUAGUUACCUCGACUUUUAUCAUCGAAAAACAACCACCUCAAGUUAUGAAGACAAAUACACGAUUUACAGCUACCGUUCGUCUCCUUGUCGGUGGAAAACUGAACGUUCAUAUGACCCCUCCGCAAGUUAAAGUUACGAUCAUAUCGGAAUCGCAAGCGAAUAUGCUGUUAAAAAAUGACAAAUUAGGCAAAAGCGGUGAGAGUUCGGGAGAAAUUUUAAAUAAUACAGGUACAAUGGAAUACCAACAAAACUCCAGACAGCUUUCAGUUAGUUUUAGAAAUAUGCAACUGAAGAAGAUCAAGAGAGCCGAGAAGAAAGGAACGGAGAGUGUAAUGGACGAAAAAUUCUCUCUACUAUUCCAGUCACAAUUUAGUGUCGGAGGAGGAGAGUUGAUGUUCCAGGUGUGGACACUGAGUUUGCCAGUUGUAGUAAUUGUGCAUGGCAACCAGGAACCACACGCUUGGGCAACAGUCACUUGGGAUAAUGCUUUCAGUGAACCAGGACGCGUACCGUUUGCUGUACCUGAGAAAGUGUCAUGGAAUAAAGUAGCAGAAACAUUAUCCCUUAAAUUUAGAGCCGCCACCGGAAGGGGACUAACGGAGGACAACUUACGAUUUUUGGCAGAAAAAGCCUUCAGAGGCAAUUACAACGAAUCGACGAAUUCUAUGCUAAGCUGGUCACAGUUUUGCAAAGAACCAUUAAGUGAACGAAAUUUUACAUUCUGGGAAUGGUUUUACGCCAUCAUGAAACUUACUAGGGAGCAUCUAAGAGGACCAUGGGUUGAUGGUGCCAUCAUGGGCUUUGUCAGAAAGAGGCAAGCGGAGGAGAUGCUCUCUUCGUGUGUAUGCGGCACAUUUUUAUUAAGGUUUUCGGAUAGUGAGUUAGGAGGUAUAACGAUCGCAUGGAUUUCCGAUACUGGCGAAGUUUUUAGUUUACAACCUUUCACAUCCAAAGAUUUUGCCAUUAGGUCACUUGCCGAUCGCAUAGCAGAUUUAAAUCAUCUGGUUUAUUUGUACCCAGAUAUAUCCAAAGAAAUUCCCUUUGGAAAAUAUUACACACCAUAUCAAGAUAACCCUCCAUCGGCCAACAAUGGUUAUGUACGGCCACAGCUAGUGACGCAGAUUCCGGGCUUUACUGGUGGCCACAGCUCUUUCCCAAAUACACCACACCAUGAUCCCACUCGAGAUACACCGUCCGUGGUUAGUUGCGCUGGUUCGGUGGCUACGACGGUCAACACCCACAUGGGCGGUCCCAUGGAAUAUCUCGAUCAGUUGGACGAUUUGAAUGGUCUGGUCAACUUUGAAAUGAUGAGCUACAAACAGUGAAGACGAAGAGUAGAACUGUGAAACUAUUUUGUUUGUUUUUAAAUGGCCAUCCACUUUUUAUUGAUGUUAAGGUAGGAUGUUUUUGUUUUUUAUUUUUAUUUAUUAGGACAGUCCCUGGAGAUUUACUUAUAUAAAAGCGGGUUAAUUUUAUUUUUUUUAAUGUACGAAUUUCAUUGUACAGAAGGCAGUAAAAAUCUGUGAUAACUCACAAAUACAAACGUGACAUGUUUUUUUUUUUUAUUUUAUUAAGUUAUUAUUUUGUGCAAUACUUUAACAUUAAUCUAAAAAAUGAUUGUCCGAAUUUCAUAAUUUCUUACAGUAGUAAUUUAAGAAGUUUUUGAAUUUGUUUAUCCGUUAAAAAGGUAAUUUUGUUCUAGCUAAUCAA